GAGGAGGCGGCGGAGGAAGAGGAAGAGGAAGAGGAAGAGGAAGAAAAGUGAAGGAUAGUACGGUGUCUGUGCUUGUUGUGCGCGACUUUGAAGAAAUGGCACGAUUCGUCAUUACAGUGGCACUGUUGCUGUCGCUGACGAUUUUCGUCCCCAAGACUCGAGCCGAGGACAACGAGCUCAAGGAUUAUUGCUCGAUGCAUAGAUUCGAAAAUCUUUCGUCAGGACUGCGCUUUACUAAGGAAGUCGUGAGCAGCGAAUACGCGAACGUCGGCUCUUUCAAGGCGAUUCACUGCUGCCUUCGAGGAUACCGUAGCAUCGAAUGGUACAAGGACAAUCGACCUUAUCCAUGGCCCGGUGGAGAAAGUAGCUUCAUCUUAUAUCCAGAAAGCGCUAAUCAAACGAUUUAUACACAGGAAGUGAGAGCAUCCGACGCUGGACGCUACUCUUGUCGAGCACGUAACGAUACGACGGCACUAGAAGGUGACAUUUCCUUGUCUGUCUUAGGUGAGGAUUCGAGUGGCUAUAAGGGUCGUCCAUUACCAACGUAUAAGCCAUCCUCGCAGCUGGUACCACUAGGAGGUACUGCUAGACUUUUCUGCGAGGCUUACAUCGGCCGAGCUUACAUUUCCGACGCUCGCAAUUCGGUAAUGUGGAGGCGCUCUGAUAGUAACGUCACACUACCAAAUCACGGACGUCUCUCUCAGUAUCGCGUUUCACGCGAGGAUGAUCAAAUUGUAGGCUCGUAUUUGGUUAUCGAAGAAAUCAGUUUAGAAGAUUAUGGAGAAUACAUGUGCCAAGUUAGUAAUGGGGUUGACGAUGACGACAUUAAACUUCCCGCUCAUCUUUAUCGACAAGAGCCACAUUUUAAUGUGGGAUUACAGAAUGGAUCAUGGCGCAAGUCCCUGCUUUUGGCGGUACUCGUUCUCGUAUUACUUUGCUCAGUGGCGGCUUUUUACGGACGCUGUUGGUUACCUCUGACUUUGCUCUGCCGCGACAAAUUCUACUCUCUCGAGGAAAAUGAUGGAAAGAUAUGUGAUGCACUGAUAUGCUAUCAUGAAAAGGAUGUAAAUUUCGUUGUUGGAACAAUCAUUCCGACGCUAGAAACGAGGUAUCGAUACAAAUGCAAUUCAGUGGAGCUUUCAAAUUUAAGUCAACACUGGAACCUAGAAAUAAAUCCUCAUGCGAUGGCUGCUCGGCGACUGGUCGUCGUCAUCAGUCCCGAAUCCCUCAAUACCGGCUGGACAGAGUCAAGUGUCAGCCACGUGCUUAAGCUAUUGUCCAACAUACCUAUAAGGACGAUUGUCGUAGCUCUUAAGGAGCCACCGAGCUCAUCGAGCCUCAUGAAGCGAUCGACCCAGGGUAACCGCGACGACGGUGCAUCCAACCGCGCAACCGCCGCUGAUUAUCCAGACGUGGAAGUACUGCGCUGGCACGAAGCCAACGAACGCGAAUUCUGGUAUAGGCUGAGGCUCUCGUUACCAGCGAUGAGGCCAGCGAAUUCCGAUCCCGGCUGUCAAAGCGUCGCCAUGAUAGUCCAGGCGAACAGCAAAACACCCCAUCAGCAAAAGGUGCGCUCGCGCGAAAGUCUCGAAGUGCUGGUUUAAGAGGAGUCGCAGCAGCUGCUAAAAAGCAAUUAUUUCAAGGACGAUUGCCCAAGCGUAUAUAAGAAAUAGCAAGACAUACACUGAUUUGCAAAUUAAGAUCAUACAUACGUACGCCUUGUUAAAAUGUCGACAGCUAUGAACUUUCUUCUCAUGUAUUAGGAGCGCAACGUCAUUAAUCUUCAAAUGUUCAAAGAUUUUGCAUUCGUGAAAUUUAUUCAAGACACUACUUGAAUGCAUAGCUUUCAAAUGAAAUAAAUGAAUUAUUACUAAUUAUUAUAGAGUAAGAAAUUCGUAAGGAGAAAAG